AUGUCAUUGUCAUCUGUACAAGUUAUGGGAAAAUAUACAACCGAGCCAAAAAUGCGACCAUCAGCGAUUGGGCAUUUUUUCUCGAGAAUCGGUUCAAUGAGGCAACGCAGCAAGAGCCCACGAGAUCCAUCAAUGUGCAUGUCAGAUGAUACUGUUACUUCCUGUCCUACUCAGCCUACUUCUCCCAUUUCUUCCGUCAAGAAUGGGACAAACGUUAAAGACAACGAAUUGAAUGCUGAAAACGAAUUGCACAUUUCACCACCGCCGAAGCCAAAACGACAUUCAUCACCGUUUUUUCGUAUCAUUCAUCGAUUAUCAAUGAAUCGUGAAACUCGUGAAGCAUCUUCCGUCGAUCGCGAUGCCCAUGAUUGUUCCCAAUCCGCCCGAAAUGAGCUCACCAGCAGCCAUGAAACUGUUUUUUCAACUUCAAAUCUCCUAACAACCUACAAUUCUGGAGAUGUAUUACCCAGGCCAACUGUGUCUGAGAAUGACCUGCGUCUUUUAACGCUUCAGAAAAACCAAGAAAUGGAAAGAAGUGUAACUGCAUUAUCUAUGAACACAAGUGGUAUUCACCCAGAUGAUAACUUUGAUGUAAUCACCCGUGUGCCAUCGUAUCUGCGUAUCAGCUGUGCUCUUAAUGGUUAUCGUCGUCCGUAUCGACAUAUCGACGAAUCUCAUCGGCGGCAGAAUGUCAUACGUCCGAAAUUACCCAUGAGUAUUGUUGAGACACGUAAAUUAGCUUUCAGUCAGAAUGAUGGUCAGAAUAACGAUAAUCAAAAAAGUGUGACAUCGGAAGAAAUAACGAGUCGAAAUAAUUCACAAAUGGGAGAUGAUAUUUCAAGGACGUCAGCAGCUGUACGGCAGUUAGUGGAACAUUUUGAUCAUCUACUUGAAAACAAUUCGAAUGGCGAGAUGAAAAACAUGGGAGGGGCAGAAGACUCAAUUCAUAAUGAAAAUAUGACGAUAUCGGAUGAAACGCAUACAGCGAAACCUCUAGAUCCUGCUGUUACACCCAAAAAUUCUCUCGCAUUUUCCGACCAUUUGUACGAUUCAGCUUACUGGCAUAGCAGCCCAAAGCCAUCUGUUGCGCAACGAAUGCAUCAGGCGCUCAUGAAAACAUCCAUGGAGAGUGAACCACACAUUGGUAAUCAGUCGGAGAUAAACGUUGAAAAUGGGCAGUCAGUGAAAGAACAAAUAGCAGAAACAGUUAAGAAUGAAAAUGGCGUUAAUUUUGUUUUACCUGAUGGAGAAGCAUAUCGCAGUUUAUUAAUGGAAGCCCGGACGAACUUGCAACUGCUUUGCGACCAAGCUAAAAAUGAUCUUUUAAGUGAAGAAGAUAUACCGGAACAAGCUGCAGGAACACUUAGGACUGCAAUUGGAAAAGCAAAUCUUCUGUUGGACAAAAAGAUGGCAAAGUUCGAAGAUUUAGUCAAAAACCAUCUAGAUCAAAAUUCUGAUGUACAGCAGGUAAAGCUUAGCGAUCUUUCCGGUUACUGGGCAUUGAUUAGUAUUGAGCUAAAAGAAUUGGAGACUAAUUUCCGCGAAAUCAGUUUUCUUCGUGAAAAUCAUUGGACACUGCCGGAAUCAGAACUCUGCUCAGUAAGCACUGUCGAUGAAAAUCGUGGCGAUGUUAUGAAAAAAGUACAAUCUCAUAUACCAGUGAUAAAUAAUGAAAAAGUAGCGUUCGAAAUUCAACGCCGACAAAUAGCCCUAGCUGCGGCGAAACGACGCCAGAAGGAGUUGAAAAAAGCGGAGGAGGAACAACAUUCUGAGCGUAAAGUUGAUGGUGAAGUUCAUAUGGUUAUAUGA